AUUCUUGACAUCUUGUAUAUCCACCAUUCUCCUUUCUUCAUUCAUAUUAUAAAAUCAAACCCUCUGCAGGAAAAGGGUUUGAUUCAUUUUUAACCACUCAUUCUCAUCCUGGCCACUAACAGGGUCUUUUUUGGUUUUGUCCAUUUCCCAUCUUUUUGUACCCAAAACAAAAAAAAACCCCACCAAUAAUCUUUAGAGAGAUAGAAACAUUGUUUUUCAGGGAAGGAAGAAGAAUAAAAUAAUAACUGCUGAAAGGUUCCUUCUUCUCCCAAAAUUCUCUCUCCCUGGCAAUUUUUCUCUCUUUCUUUUCUUCUUAUUCAUAAUCUAACCUAUACGAGGUUUGUUUUUCUUAAUCCUCUGAUGCACUUUGUUUUUAAGGUAUCAAUUGAUAUGUGACAUUGUCUUCUUGUUGACAUUCUUGUCGUCUCGUCAAUUAUGAUAAAGCUGUUACCUUUUCUCAACGUUUUUCCUUUUAUAACCAAUCCAUUGAUGCAGAUUUUAGUAUCCUUUUGGCACAUGACAGAAGCUUUCAAUCUCUCUAUCAUCAAUUCCAGUCAAUAAUCUUUUCUUAAAUAUUAAAAGGGGGGUACAAAUUACAAUUAUCCUCGUAUUCUGAAUUCUCGUCAUUUUUAAUUCCUCUAUUUAGUUUCUUAUUUUCGAGCCCCUACACAAUCCAUUAUUUGGCAUAUAGUAGCAUUCUUUUUUUUCUUGUACCAAUCUUUAGUUGUUGGUGAAAUUUGCAAUAAUGGGUUGUGCAACUUCAAAGCCAAAAGUAUGUCAAAAUUGCCAUACACCAUAUUCCCCUGUACGCAGAAGCUACUCAAUGUACAUACCAAAUAAGAAAGAUCAUAAUGAGAGUGAACAACAUUUGGUCAAUCUCACUUCCUCCACAUUAGGAUCAUUGAAACUUGACUCAAUGAACCUGAGUCAAAGUCUCAAAGAUGAUCAGUUUGCAUUCGAAAUCGACGACUACGAUGUAGCAAAGGGAAGUAAAGACGAGCUGUUAAUUGAGGCAAGAACAUGGUCACAAAUGAUCAAUGAGAAAAUCCCAAAUGUUGUGAUUCCUAAGACACCAGUAAGAACGCCACCAGGUGAGCCAGAAACUAUUAAUGCUUGGGAAUUAAUGGAAGGUCUUGAAGAUAUUACUCCUCUUAAACCUCAUCUUGAUCAUAGUUUCUCUUUCCCUGUUUCUCACAAUACAACUAUAUCUUGUCUUGAUGUUGAUGAUCACCAGCUUAAAGAAAAUGGCGAAGGGUCGCCGAGAAUGGGUGAUAACGAGUCUAGUUUACAUUCAAAUGACACAUCUAUAGUGUCUGAUUUUGAUCAUGAAGUGAUUUCUACAUUUAGAAAAGCACUUGAAGAGCUUCCACCAGCUAACCCUUUUCAUUUGAAGCCAUUAGUCGUAGAAAAUCUUCAGGGAUCGGAUAAUGAGGCCGAGUCAAGAAAGGACUCGAAGAGAGAAAACGGAGAAGUACUAACGGAGUGUAAUAAAUUGGUGUCUCGUGAGAUGGAAAAAUUGGUUAUUUACUUCACGAGCCUAAGAGGGGUGAGGAAAACAUACGAGGAUUGUUGUCACGUCCGUGUGAUUCUAAAGGGACUUGGUGUUAAGGUUGAUGAGAGGGAUGUUUCAAUGCAUUCAGGGUUCAAGGAGGAGUUGAAAGAAUUAUUGGGAGAUGGAUUUGCUAGAGGGGGAUUACCAAGGGUGUUUUUAGGUAAGAAAUACAUUGGUGGGGCUGAUGUAAUACGGAGAAUGAACGAGGAUGGGAAGCUCGAGAAGUUAGUAGAAAAUUGCGAACGAAUAGAGGAUGGUGGUUGUGGGAUUGGAGUUGGAAAUAGAGUUUGUCAGGCUUGUGGAGAUAUUAGGUUUGUACCAUGUGAGACAUGCUCAGGGAGUUGUAAAAUAUACUAUGAGGCAGAGUAUGACGAAUUGGAAGUUGAGGACGAUGACGAUGAAUAUGGCUUCCAACGUUGCCCGGAUUGUAAUGAGAAUGGACUGAUAAGAUGUCCAAUUUGUUGUGAUUAAGGUUCAUCAACAUUGUCCCGUUCUUUCCUUCUUUUUUAUCCUUUUUUUCUGGUUAAUUGUCUUGAUGUUAAGAUAAUUGUUGUAUAGUAAGGAGUUUUUCUUGUAUUAGGAAGAUAAUGUAGUUGCAGUAUGAUAAACCAGAAAUCUGUUCCAAGCUCCAGAGCUGUGUUAGAAGAGAAUGUCUUGUAGUCCAGUUUCCAUGUUUCCAGGUGGGCAAUAAUGGUUUUGGACUUUGGUGCGUACCAUUUUAUGCCUCAAGUAGUAGUGGUAUUGAUUCAAGAAUUGCAUUUCCAAGAAUCAUCUGGUGCCAACUGUCAAAUGCAAUUGCAGGAUUCUUUGCUUUGUUGCAUAGUAUAAUUCUUUCACUCCCCGGCUAACAAUUCUCUUCCUUCUCUACACAUGAUCAAAGUCACUUAGUUAGUUGUACUCAAAAUUGCAAUUUGAUGAGUUUUGAAAUUUAGGUUCAAAACCAAAUAUUUAUUGAAAUUUUAGUGAUUACAUAUAUAACCCAUUUGAUUA